AGACAAAAAUAAUAAAUGUCAGUAUGACAAGAACUAAUAUAGUUAACGUUAAAAAACAUAGCGAAAGAUAAAUUCGCCCAACAAAUUAUUUGUAAUACCAUCUUAAUUUAAACUGACUGGAUUUUUUUUGACGAAAUUUGCUUCAACUCAAGUUAAAAAUGUCGAAGUUGGGUCGGGUACGGCCAAUACAAAAAGCAAAGAGAAUUUUAAGAAGAGAAGUGGCUUUUUUGUUAUCAGUGCUGAGUAAAGACGAUAAACGAAACCAAGAAACUUCUAUCUACAACAAAAUAUUUGCUUUACCCCAAUUUAAAAAUGCUACUAGAAUUGCCACAUAUAUUAGCACCGAAUUAGAAGUCGAUACUGAACCAAUAAUUAGUUAUGCCCUCGAAAAUAAUAAACUUUGUUUUGUACCGAGAUACAAAUUUCGCAAGAAACAAAUGGAUAUGGUUCAGUUGGAUUGUCUAAAAGAUUUAGAAAUAAUUAAAUCGAGGAAAUGUAAUAACGUCCAUAAUGUUCGACAUUCUGAUGUAAGAAUAGAUGCAUUAGAUUCAGGUGGAUUAGACUUAAUAAUAGUAAGUGGUUUGGCUUACACAAAACACGGUAAAAGGCUUGGGCAUGGAGGAGGAUAUUUCGACACUUACUUGAAACGAAUCAAUACACAAUUCAAUAUUCAUCCGACUUCGAUGGCUUUAGCGUUCAGAGAACAAUUAUUUCCAUAUUUGCCAACUCAUCUACACGACGUAAAUAUCGAUAUUGUUAUCACGCCAGAUAGCAUAUAUGAAAACAAAAAUGUCAAUAAGUUAAACUUAAAUUAAAUUUUAAAUCGAAUUUAUCUCAUGUCACGCUAUGCAUUUUUGUCGUACUAAAAAAUGGAAAUGUAAAAGGAAUAAAUAAAUAAAGAACAAA